UAAAAAAAAAUUAAUUAAUUUUUAAUUUUUUUUUAUUCAUUUUUAAAACAAAAAAAAAAAUUUUUAAAUAUUCAUAAUUUAAUUAUAUUAUACAUAAAUAAGCAAAUAAAUAUUUCUUAAUUAAAUCUUCACUAUGGGACACAUUUUAAUUUUCGGUUUUUCAUGUUUAAUUGUUCUAGUAAAAGCUCAAUAUUCUAGUGAUUUUACAAAUCCAUUUUUGGAAUCAAAAUGUGGUGAUAUUUUUACGAGGGUAUGCAAAAAAUCGAAAUAUCGAACAAUGGAUGGCUCGUGCAAUAAUAAAUUGCAUCCCACUUGGGGUAUGUCAUUUACACGAUUUGAGCGUCUCGUACCUGCAAAUUAUGCAGAUGGAUAUUAUGCACCUAGACUUGCAAAAAGUGGCAAAACAUUGCCAUUGGCUAGUAUUCUCAGUCGUGUUUUGAGUCCUGACAAAAAAAUAAUUGACAAAAAACAUACAGCAUUACUCAGGCAAUGGGCACAAAUUUCAACGCACGAUAUUGUUUUAUCGGAUUUUCGCAAAGAUACUCCGGAGACAAAUUGCUGCUCUGAGGAAGGAAAAUUAGUUCGUGAUCCCGCAAAAUAUCCACUUUGUUAUCCUGUUAUUGUGCCAAAGAACGAUCCCGAUCACGGAAAAAAUUGUAUCGAAUGUUAUAAUGUAUUUGUUCGUAGAAAUACGGAUGUUGAUCGCGGAUGCACUCCCGGUAAUGGAGUUCAAAAUCAGUUAUCAGUGACUACUUCUUACUUUGAUCUUUCACUAAUGUAUGGAAGAACGGAUAAAGAAGCUGCCAAUUUACGUGAAUUUAGAAGCGGUAGAUUAUUGGCGGAUAUUCGUGGGAAUCAAGAAUGCCCACCACAUGCUGAUACUUGUGUUAAGGAAGCGGAAAUUUGCUAUAGAAAUGGAGACUUAAGGACAAAUUUAGGAAUACAAUUGGCAUUUUUCGCUGUUGCUUUACUACGACAACAUAAUCGUAUGGCUAAAGAAUUAUCAAACUUAAAUCCUCACUGGGAUGACGAGAAACUUUAUCAAGAAACGAGAAGAAUUUACAUUUCAAUUAGUCAACAUAUCACAUAUAACGAAUUGUUGCCAAUUGUACUAGGAGUAGAAAAUUCGUAUCGUAAAAAAAUCACUUACAACACAGCAAAUUAUGUAAAUGAUUACGAUCCUUCUGUGCAUGUAAGUUCUUUAAGUGAAGUUUCAGCUGCUGUUUUGCGCUCUUUUCACACUCUGCAGAGUGCAGAUUACAACAUGGUAAAUGAAAAUCGCGACCCACCUCACGGAAAAGCAUAUGUGAAUAAACUUUAUAACAAUCCAACAAUUGUUGAAAAGGAUGACAAUUACGACUGUGUAAUGAGAGGAAUGGCCACACAGCCACAACAAGGGGCUGAUCAAUAUUAUGAUAAAAUGUUUACUGUCGAUUUGUACCUUGGGGCAAAAGUAGUAAGAACUGAUGGUCGCGCAAUUGAUAUUCAGAGAGGACGAGAUUAUGGACUGGGCACUUACAAUCAAUAUCGUGAAUUUUGUGGCUUCCCUCGAGCUGUAAAAUGGGAAGAUUUCUCAGAUUUCAUUCCAUUUAAAGAUGUUAUGGAUAUGAAAAGUAUUUACGAGAGUCCGGAUGAUGUUGAUUUAACAGUGGGAGGUUCUGUGGAGGAACUUGCUCCUGGAUCAUUAGUGGGACCAACAUUCCAGUGCAUUUUAAAUGAACAAUAUUACAGAGCUAGAGUAGGGGAUCGAUUUUUCUUUGAAAAUGGAAAUUGCGGAAAUCCUUUCACUUUAGAUCAACUUAAUGAAAUACGAAAAUACACUAUUUCGAGGUUUAUUUGUGAUAACACUGAUACAGUAUCAAUGCAACGUCGUGGAUUUGUACAAAUUUCAAAAAAAAAUCCGCUUGUGAGGUGCGAAACGAUUCCCAAAAUUAAUUUAUCUCUCUGGAAAGAAUAAGUCAUUUGUAGUAUUAUUACUAAUUCAUCUAAUUUCUAUGACAAAUCUAUUGUUAAUAUUUUUUUUAAUUGAAGUCUUUUUAUCUGAAAUGAUUUAAACCCAUUAUUGAAAAAAAUUGUAAGAUUAGAAUUAUCAAACAAAAAAAUUUUUAAAUAAAAUUUUUACAAUUGGGCAGAAUAUUGUGUAACGUUUAUAGCGUUGAGAAAGUCAGGAUUAAAUUUUAAGGAUUUUUAUCAUUGAAGA